AUGUGUUUCUAUUGUGUGGUCAACGUCACUGUAUUAAAAGUGAACUUGAAUAUUGCCCUCGUGAUGAUGGUGAAAAAACCUGUCGGAGAGUUUAAAGUAACCAACGUAACAGAGAAAGGAACAACCUGCAAAGAACUUUUAGCAUCUGUGUCCAAUCGGACAGUAAAAGAAUUACAUGGAGGAGAAUUUAAUUGGAGUCGUCCACUGCAAGGAAAUCUUCUGGGUGCCUUCCAAAUCGGCUCAGUGUUUACUCCAAUACCAUUUACCAUUUUGGGAUCAAAGUUACAUGCAUCGAAAUGGAUUCUUGCCUUUGGUGGACUCCUUUCAGGUGUCAUGUCUCUUUUGGCACCAGUGUGCGCCCGUUGGCAUGUUGGAGCUCUGAUUGCAAGUAAAGCUAUAGAAGGAUUGGGAGCGGGUAUUACUUAUCCCAACAUACACUGUUUAGUAACAAACUGGAUACCAAACAUUGAACGUAGCAGAGUAAAUGCCUUUAUUUACAACGGUAUUGCAUUUGCAACUGUAGCAACUUAUACACUUUCUGGACCUUUAAUGAAAAGUGGUUUCCUUGGUGGAUGGCCUGCUGUAUUUUAUAUAUCUGGUUUGUCGGUGGUUGUCUGGUUCAUCGUAUGGAUUUUUCUUGUUUAUGAAUCUCCGAAUGAACAUCCCCAUAUUACACAAGAAGAAUUAGAUUACAUAACUGAGAAAGUAGAACACAAAGCAGAUACUGCGCUCUGA